CGACCGGAGCGGAGGAGAGGGACCCGAGCAUCAAGGACGGCGGGGAGCGGGGCGCUGGCUGCGGUGGCGGGGCCGCGGUGCCGCCAGGGCCGAGCUCCGCGGGUGGAGCCCGCAGCUGCUGCAGAGCCGUCAUGUGGAUCUUCCAGACCGUCGUCCACAUCCUUCAGCUGGCGCAGGUGUGGAGGUACGUCCACGCCCUGUACCUGGGCGUCCAGAGCCGCUGGCACAGGGACCCUGAGCGUCGUCACUACUACUGGCGCAUGAUGUUCGAGAGCGCUGACAUCAGUAUGCUGCGUUUGCUGGAGUCGUUUCUGAAGAGCGCCCCCCAGCUGGUACUGCAGCUGAGCAUCAUGAUCCAGAGCAGUCAGGUGCUGCCGCUUCAGGGAAUCUCAGCCUCCGCCUCACUGAUAUCCCUGGCCUGGAUGAUCUCCUCCUACCAGAAGGUUCUGCGUGAUUCCAGGGACGACAAGCUGCCGAUGACCUACAAGGCCGUGGUCGUUCAGAUCCUCUGGCACUUCUUCACCAUCGGGGCCCGCGCUCUGGCCUUCGCCCUGUUCGCCUCGGUGUUCCAGCUGUACUUCGGCAUCUUCAUCGUGGCCCACUGGUGCAUCAUGACGUUUUGGAUCAUCCAGGGUGAGACCGACUUCUGCAUGUCCAAGUGGGAGGAGAUCAUCUACAACAUGAUGGUGGGCAUCGUCUACAUUUUCUGCUGGUUCAGCGUGAGGGAGGGGCGCACCCGCUGCCGAAUGUUCAUCUACAGCCUGACUGUGUUGGCCGAAAACGCGGCUCUGACCACCGCCUGGUUCCUGUUUCGCGGCACCUCGGAUUUCUACGCCGUGAUCCUGGUGUGCGUCGUGGCCACCAGCUACGCUCUGGGCACCUUUUUCAUGUUUGUGUAUUACUGUCUGCUGCACCCCGACGGGCCCGUCUCAGGCUGGGGCUACGCCGCCGAAAAAGAGGCGCCGCUGGAGUCUUUGGCCUCACCCGUCUCCAGCCUCCCCCCUGACCUGGUCAGCAGCCCCCCCAGAACCCUGCAGAGAACUAAAGGGUCAGAGAGGGAUGGGCCCGGGGUGGACGGAGACGUCUUUCAGGUACGACCUCCGCGGGGAGCGCAGGCGCCGCUGCACCACCUCACCCCCAGGACGGAGGGGCCCGUUAUCCGAAUAGACCUUCCCAGGAAGAAGUACCCGGCCUGGGACGCCCACUACAUCGACCGCCGGUUGCGUAAAACCAUCCUGGUGCUCGAGAGCGCCGCCCCAGUGACGCCCAGAAUCCAGUACCGAUGUCUGGGCACACCCAAAGAAGUGAUGGAGUUUGAGACGACCGUCUGAUGCGUUCCAGGCGCCGGGCCGCGGCUUCCUGCCAACACUGACUCCCUCUCGGGUGGAGGACUCACUGAGUCAGUUUCAGCUUCCUGAUUGGCUCUUUCUACCUUCAGGAAUCGGAGACGUUCGACGACAGAGUGCGAUGACUUUCUUCCUUUGGACUAGGGCGAAUCUGUGUGAUGUAAGCUGAUAACGGUGAAUAUUUUAGUUUCUGUAUCAUUUCUCAGGUCAGGAUGUGGUACAGGAAGAGCUGGGCAGCAGCUCGGCUGAACUCAGAGAGGAGCACGGGACGGAGGAGGAGGAGGAAGAGGAGGAGGAGCAGCUGUGUGAC